UCGAUCUGGGCCAACCGGGCCAAAGACCAAGCAAUUGUUGCACAGCAAGCGCUCCACGAGAACGCCCGCCUCCAAGCACUCCUCCACGACCAGCUCAAGACCAUUGCAACCGUCCAGCGGGCCUUGGCGCGCACGCCCAAUCUUUGCGACUUUGCGUGCGUCGCGCCGUGGAGGAUGGCGACGCUUGGAACCACCGGUCGGCACGAGGCCAAGGCCAAGCUCCUACAGCACGAGUACGACAAGCUUGAGACGGAGUGGAUCCGCCACGGUCUCCACGACUUUGAAGCCCGCCACGCCGAUGCCGAUGCACGCGAGCACUACGUCCGGUGCAAAGACGACGGUCUCUGGGUGCACUUUAAGGAAUGCCAGGUUUGGCACGUCGACGCAACCGUGCUGGCCAACGCGGUCUGGAGCAUGUUUAGUCAGCAGCUGCCGUCCCAGCCAGACAACUUUCGCGCCGCCGACGUCGAGGUCGAUGACAACGUUGCGUAUUUCCAGUAUACAGCCCACGUCACGUCAAGUGCGCUCCCGCCGAUAGACGGCCGCGUCCUCGUCGGGCGGUAUAUCGAGGCCGACCGGGUCGUGUUUGUGACGCGCUCGAUUUUGGACGACGCCGUGUUCCCGUCCAACCCGGCGCGGUUUCUUCAAAACCAGUGCAGCUGGUAG